AUGAGCCGUGGAAUGUUAGGGUUCAACGUGCACGAUGGAUGCCUCGAGGCCAUUGUGCACGGCUACAAGGACGGCUUCCUCAGACAGGAGGAGUACAGCAACCUCGCGCAGUGCGACACCCUCAGCGAUAUGAAGUCGCAGAUGCAAGUCACCGACUACGGCAACUUCCUGCAGCAGGACAGCCAGCUCACGUCGCGCGUGAUAGUCGAUCGGGCGCAGGAGCACCUCGUGCGGCAGAUGCGUGAGCUGCGCGCGUGGGCGACGCCGCCGCUGUCGCAGUUCCUCGACUUCAUUGCGUACGAGCACAUGAUAUCAAACGUGCUGAAGCUCAUCAUCGCGAAGCGCAGCGGGCGCGAGAGCCUCGAGCUGCUGACGAAGUGCCACCCGCUCGGCUGGUUCCCGGAGCUCGCGUCGCUCACCGCGGCGGCCGACGUGCGGGAGAUGUUCGACGUUGUGCUCAUCGACAGCCCGAUCGGCCGCUUCUUCAGCGCCGACGGCGACUUCGAGCGCGACCUCGACGAGCUGUCGGUGGAGUACAUCCGCGGCGUGCUGAUGAAGCACUACUACGAGCAGUUCUACGACCUGUGCUGCGCGCUCGGCGGCGAGACGGCGGCGGUGAUGUGCCCGCUGCUCGAGUUCGAGGCGGACCGCGCGGUGCUGACGUUCGCCGCCAACACGAUGGGGCUGCGCGAGAUGCACGCGGCGGACCGGCGCAAGUUGUUCCCGAACGUCGGCUCGCUCGUCGACAUCCACGACGACAUCGCGGAGGCGGACAGCAUCGAGCAGCUGCGCGAACGGCUGCGCCGCUUCGCCGACCUGCACGAGAUAUUCGACGACAGCAGGGGCGGCGCCGGCGUCGGCAACGCGAGCGGGCAGUCGCUGGAGAAGCGCUUCGUCGAGAUGUCCGUGGUGAUGUACAAGGACGCCAUGACGCGACAGUUCCAGUACGGCGCCUUCUACGCGUGGGUGAAGCUGAAGGAGCUGGAGAUCAACAACCUGCAGUGGAUCGCCGACUGCAUCGUGCAGCGCAUGAUGAACCGCGUCCACGAGUAUGUCAACAUCGUGUAG